CUGUUUCUCUCCGUCUACGGUGAUUCAUCUCUCUGCACUCCUCUUCCUUUGCGAUCCCCCUUCCUCCUUCCUCUUCUUCUUCCUCUUCCUCUUCCUCUCAAUCAGAAGCAAAACCCUAGAAAUGGAGUACUACACGAUCCUCAUCAUCCUCUUCGCCGCGAUCGUGUGGUGCACAGCGUACGCCACCACCGCUCUUCUCACCUUCCUCUAAAUCCCACGCUCUCGCGCCGCUGUAGGAGUAGCGAAAGGGGCUUCUUCUUCUUCUUCUUCUUCUUCUUCUUCUUCUUUGGGCAUCCCCUAUGGGCUACGCGCAACUCGUCAUCGGCCCCGCGGGGAGCGGCAAGUCGACCUAUUGCUCCAGCUUAUAUCAGCACUGCGAGACCACGAGGCGGACUAUUCAUGUAGUAAACCUCGAUCCUGCUGCCGAGAAUUUUGACUACCCUGUGGCAAUGGAUAUUAGAGAACUCAUAUCGUUGGAUGAUGUUAUGGAGGAGCUUGGGUUAGGGCCAAACGGAGGACUUAUGUAUUGCAUGGAGCACCUUGAAGAAAAUUUGGAUGACUGGUUGGAAGAAGAACUAGAAAACUAUUUGGAUGACGACUACCUUGUCUUCGAUUGUCCAGGUCAGAUAGAACUAUUUACACAUGUCCCCGUUCUGCGGAAUUUUGUCGAACAUCUAAAGCGCAAGAACUUCAACGUUUGUGCUGUCUACUUGCUUGACUCACAGUUCAUGACUGAUGUAACCAAGUACAUCAGUGGUUGCAUGGCAUCUCUCUCUGCGAUGAUUCAGCUUGAACUUCCUCAUGUUAACAUCCUUUCGAAAAUGGACUUGGUUGCUAACAAAAAGGAUGUUGAAGAGUAUCUCAAUCCAGAGGCACGGGUUUUACUCUCAGCGUUGAAUCAGCAUAUGGCACCUCAGUUUGCAAAGUUAAAUAAAGCUUUGGCUGAACUGGUUGAUGACUACAGCAUGGUGAGUUUUAUUCCUCUUGACCUGAGAAAAGAGAGCAGUGCUAGUGCUUAAAAUGGCAUCCUGCCAGUGUCUGUUCCUAAACGACCUUAUCAACUGCUCCCAGCUGUACGAGCUCUAUAUACGUCCAAAUGUUCAUUUCAUAGUACUCAAUCUUAGUUAUAUGUAUUAAAUACCACAUGUGCUUACAUGAAAGAUUCGAAACCUACACCUAUAAAAUGGGAGCCCUUUUUUUUUAGCUAAAAGCAUGUUGGCUUCUAAGAUGUGGCUAGUAAUUUCUGGCAAUUAACCAAAAACUUCUAAAUCGGUUUGAUUAUGCAGCUGCGCUAAUUGUGACAGCAUCAACAGGACAAAUGUGAAAUAUUACUCUUGUGGCUUUUAUACUUUCCUACUAAUUUUUCUGAUAUUGUGUGCAAAAUUUGAUCAUUGUAUUGCCUCUUAUUAUCGUCAU